GAUUCUCCUUUCAAUGGACGUCAUUUAGCACACACUCUGCCUCCAGUCGCUUCCUCGCUUCACGCUCGAUUUCCCUCCAUUCUUCCUUUAUUAAGUAUUCCUGUUGUAUUAAUAGUCAUGAAUAUGUGCUAUUAGGAGUCGGGGGAAAGGAGCGCAUCUCGGCUAAUAUGAGCUCAAGCCUUUCGACUGCACAGUGACGCUGCGGGAAGACAGAAGAAGGAUAUGACGGGAAAACUUUAAAUAAUAAACAUUAACAUUUGCAAGACUGAGAAAUAUCAAAUGAAGGGCAGCAGGAAUUUCACCCGAUUCUGAUGGAUUACUGUGUUUGGGCGGUGAAGCUCCACACUGCGCUCCUACAGUAGUGUAGCGCUCGGCUUUUCUGCCAUUAUUCACAUUAUUUUUCAGUCGUUCGCUCAGCCUUCUUUUCCCACAAAUUUACAGUCUCUGAAUCGGUCCAACCGUUUCGCAGAUGUUAGUACACAGUUUCUCCGCGAUGGAUCGUCACGACGGCAGCAACGGGACAGCCAGGUUAUCUCAGCUGGGGAGCGUGGCUCAGUCGCCGUACAGCAGCGCGCCGCCGCUCUCGCACACCCCCAACUCCGACUUCCAGCCCCCGUACUUCCCACCGCCCUACCAGCCCAUCUACCCGCAGUCUCAGGACCCGUACUCGCACGUGAACGACCCGUACUCCCUGAACUCCCUGCACGCCCAGCCGCAGCCGCAGCACCCCGGAUGGCCCGGGCAGAGACAGAGCCAGGAGAGCACUUUGCUCCAUCAGCACCGCAGUUUGCCCCCCCAGCUGUGCAGAGACUACCGGAGAGAAGUCCUCCUCCCGUCGGCUCAUGGCAUCGAUUCCGGACUCGCAGACUCUCUCUCUAUCCAUGGAAUACCUCACCCUUUAGAAGAUGUGCAGCAUGUUGAAGAGCAGAGCAUAAAUAUUCAAGACCAAACCGUCAUUAAGAAAGGUCCCGUUUCGCUCUCCAAAAACACCAGCAAUGCCAUCUCUGCCAUCCCCAUGAGCAAGGACGGCCUCUUCGGCGGAGUAGUAAACCCCAACGAGGUGUUCUGCUCCGUUCCGGGUCGCCUCUCGCUUCUCAGCUCCACGUCAAAGUACAAGGUGACGGUGGCCGAGGUGCAGAGACGCCUCUCGCCCCCCGAGUGCCUCAACGCAUCUCUCCUGGGAGGGGUGUUGAGGAGAGCUAAGUCCAAAAAUGGGGGAAGGUCCCUAAGAGAAAAGCUAGACAAAAUUGGAUUAAACCUUCCUGCAGGUAGACGCAAGGCUGCAAACGUCACGCUGCUGACUUCGCUAGUAGAGGGGGAAGCAGUACAUCUUGCCAGAGAUUUUGGUUAUGUGUGCGAGACGGAGUUCCCAGCCAAAGCCGUAGCUGAAUAUGUAAACCGUCAGCAUUCAGACCCAAAUGAACAAGUCCAAAGAAAAAACAUGCUACUAGCGACAAAGCAAAUCUGCAAGGAGUUCACAGACCUGCUGUCCCAGGACCGCACUCCGCUGGGGAAUUCGCGACCUCAGCCCAUUCUGGAGCCGGGAAUCCAGAGCUGUUUGAGCCACUUCAGCCUCAUCUCUCACGGGUUCGGGACCCCGGCCAUGUGCGCGGCCAUCACGGCCCUGCAGAACUACCUGACGGAGGCUGUGAAAGCCAUGGACAAGAUGUACCUCAACAACAACAGCCACUCUGAGAGCGGCACCAAAAGUGGAGAUAAAGAGGAGAAGCACAGGAAGUGAGUGCGGCUCCAGCACCAGUGUACAGUACAGACACAGAUACAGCUGAUCAAGACAUCGGACCGGACACAUCUGGAUUCUACGCCUUUUCGAGUUUUCUUUCUUUUUUUUUUGAAAAACAUUUUUUUUCCAAGGUUUUUUUUUUUUUUUUUUUUUUUUUUUUUUCCUCUCCCACAUUUCAACUCUGGAGUCAUGGGAAGUCAAGACAUUCCACCGCCAGAUGCAUUAAACACACAACUGGAAAAGAAAAAAGAAAAAGGAUCUAUCUGGAGGAAAAAAAAAGAAUUAAUUAAAAGAGAACUCAGUACAGUAAUAAUAAAAAGGUCCCGCCACUCGGAAGACUUUUUAUGUACUCCUUCUUUUAUGAGCUGCAACGGACAGAUGACAUUCAGCAAACCCCUAUAAUAUAUCUCAACUAACGAUUGUAGCCAUGUGAAGAGAAGGUGAAAGGAUGCAUUUUUAUCAGUAUUGUCAAUAAACUUGAAAAAAAGAAAAGAGAAAAACAGUUCAAUGUCUUGACUUCAGUGGUACACUUCCGCGCCAAGGUAAAGAGACCAACUUGAAUUUUGAAUUUUAACACGAUUCACGGUCAUACAAGGGAAUCAGUGUUCAUGUAUGUAUAUAUUUAUUUAAGUGUAAUUUAAUGGGAAUUGUACAUAUGGUGCGUCUGUUGAAGCUUUUUUUUUAUUUAUCUGAUGCCUCCUGUUUUAGUGGGUUGAUAUAUUCGAUUAUAGUUCUCCAUGUGGUUUUAUGGUUCUUAGCAAAAAAGCAGAUUACGUUUUUUAAAAAUUUCUUCCUCUGGGAUAUUUUCGUUCAGCCCUCCUGUAGCAUGUCCAGGCGACAAAGAAGCAAUUGAACAAAGUGGAAAAAAAGAGAAAAAUUCGUUUUCUGUACGUUCACAUUACAAUCUUUUUUUCAUGAAAAUAGAAAAAGCGACACCCUGACGAGAGAUUAAACUGUUUUCUGUUUUUUUUUUCUGUUAGUUUUUGCAAAAAAAAAAAAAAAAAAAAAACGUUUAUGUGUUUAUGUGCCAAACAGAUUUAUAAUUUAACCCCUUGUUCUUUCCUUGAAGCAUCAUAACAGCAAUAAAUGGAUAUUGUCUCUGAUUUUUUUUGACAAAGUUUAAAAUAUGUGGGGCCCAGUAAAGGCCCGUGUGUCCAGUGUGUGGGUUUGGAGGCGCUUUUACGUGUAGCUGUGUUGUAGAAAAGCUGUGCUCACAGCGCCUCGUCCCUCAUUGUAUCAUAGUCCUUUGUUGCCAGAAAAAAUAAUAAAUAUUUGAUACGCUUUA